UGGAGAAGGUUGGUUCCGGGGACUCUCUGCUUCACCACCGCCGCUGCUUCACACGCUUCCUCCCGGAGACAUGAGGCGGAAGGAGAAGAGGCUGCUGCAGUUCGCCGGGCUGCUCAUAGCGGCUCUCCUGUUCCUCCCUAACGUCGGGCUGUGGUCUUUGUACCGGGACCGAGUGUUCGACAACUCGGACACAGCGGACGGUCCUGGCGGCGUCCCCCCGAUACAGGGUUUAAGGCAGAUGAGGAGGGUCGUUCAGGUCGGACGGGAUGGCGUGCGGCGGACGGACUGGCACGACUACGAAGCCAUGAGGAGAGACGCCGCUCGCUCUGGAAAUGGAGAACAGGGUAAGGCGUUCCCUCUGUCGGAAACUGACAGAGUGGAUCAGGCCUACAGGGAAAAUGGAUUUAACAUCUACGUCAGCGACCGGAUCUCCCUCAACCGCUCCCUGCCCGACAUCCGCCAUGCAAACUGUAAACAGAAGCUAUACGCGGAGAAGCUGCCCAACACCAGCAUCAUCAUCCCGUUUCAUAACGAAGGCUGGACGUCUCUGCUCAGGACCGUCCACAGUGUACUCAACCGGUCUCCUCCACAGCUCAUCGCAGAGGUCAUCCUGGUGGACGACUUCAGCGACAAAGAACACCUGAAGGUGGCGCUGGAGGAGUACAUGCAGCGGAUGCCCAAGGUUCGAAUCCUGAGGACGAAGAAGAGGGAGGGUCUGAUCCGGACUCGUCUGCUCGGGGCUGGAGCCGCCAAAGGAGAAGUCAUCACCUUCCUGGACUCCCACUGCGAGGCCAACGUCAACUGGCUGCCCCCGCUGCUCGACAGGAUCUCCCAGAACAGGAAGACCAUCGUAUGUCCAAUGAUCGAUGUUAUCGAUCACGACAACUUCGGCUAUGACACGCAGGCAGGAGACGCCAUGCGGGGAGCGUUCGACUGGGAAAUGUACUACAAACGCAUCCCCAUCCCCCAAGAGCUGCAGAAAGACGACCCUAGUGAACCCUUCGAGUCUCCAGUGAUGGCUGGUGGACUGUUCGCUGUGGACAGGAAGUGGUUCUGGGAGCUGGGAGGUUAUGACACGGGUCUGGAGAUCUGGGGAGGAGAGCAGUAUGAAAUCUCCUUUAAGGUGUGGAUGUGCGGAGGGCGGAUGGAGGACAUCCCCUGCUCCAGGGUAGGACACAUCUACAGGAAGUACGUCCCCUACAAGGUCCCUGGUGGGAUCAGCCUGGCAAAGAACCUGAAGCGUGUCGCUGAGGUGUGGAUGGACGAGUACGCCGAAUACGUCUACCAGCGCCGACCCGAGUACCGCCACCUGUCGGCCGGAGACAUGACGUCGCAGAAGGAGCUGAGGAGUCGACUGAACUGUAAAAACUUCAAAUGGUUCAUGAGCGAAGUGGCGUGGGAUCUGCCCAAACACUACCCCCCCGUGGAGCCUCCUGCCGCCGCCUGGGGAGAGAUCCGUAACGUGGACAGCGGUAUGUGCAUGGAAAUUAAACACUUUGUGUCAGGGAGCCCUAUCCGCCUGGAGAGCUGUGUGAAGGGUCGGGGUGAAGUGAGCUGGAGCCACGGGCAGGUGCUGACCCUCGGGUGGAGGGAGGACAUCCGGGUGGGCGACCCCAUGCACACCCGUAAGGUGUGCUUCGACGCCGUCUCCCACAGCAGCCCCGUCACUCUGUACGACUGUCACGGCAUGAAGGGAAACCAGCUGUGGAGAUACAGGAAGGAUAAGAGCCUGUAUCAUCCCGUCAGUAACAGCUGCAUCGACAGCAGUCCGACCGAACGCCGCGUCUUCAUGAGCACGUGCGACCCGUCGUCUCUGAGCCAGCAGUGGCUGUUUGAGAGAACCAACGCCACCGUGUUGGAAUACUUCAACCGCAACGGCAGCAACUGAGGCCACAGCACUGUGAGCUGAGACGUCUUCCACAGAACCAGAUCAUGACACAGUGAUCACCUUUAAAUAGAUAAAUGGAUACAGGAGCCUUCCCAGCGCAGCAGUGAUCCAGUGUGUUCAGUAUCAGCUGCUCUGAACACACGAUAAACAACAGAAUCCACUCCUACAGCUCUGUGGUGAAGGUGGAGGGUGUGAUCUGAUCGGACCGACUGCAGCAUGAGGGAAAAAGGAUUUCAAGGACAAUCUCGUCUUUCUGUCAAACACAGUCGUCUGGAUUCCAGCGCUCCGUAUUUUUUCACCUUUUGUACAUCUCUUAUUUUUGUCAAUAUUGGGAGUUUCAUUCCUUGCGUUGCAGCCAGUGCGUAGACAGACCCCUGGACAUUCUGCACGUUUACUACAGAAAUGGGACACAUAUACCAAAAAAUGCACUUACUCUUUAAAGAAAACUUUAUUUUACGAAGGACACUUUUUUUUUUUUUUUUUUUUGAGAAGUGCAAAUAUUUUUCUACAAUUUAAUAAAACCAAGAAAUGACAAUAGCAGUCAAGUGUCAGUGUUUUCAGUAAAUAUACAGAAUUGAAAAGCUUAUUGUGGCUGUCUUACUGUGUAUUUGACUAUAACUUGGUCAUUUUGACUUGCACAAGAAUAUUUUUGUAUAAAUGUUGGGUAAAUUUUUGUACAAAUAAAGCAAUGUGAAUAUUAAA